UUUUGAGCGGGAACUGAAACAAACAACCCCAACCUUUAAGCCGCUUCUUCCUUAUCUUUAACAAAAACACUGACAAAGCUGAGACCUUUCGAAAAAUGGUGAUACGAUUAUCAUCCGGAAUCGCAGCUAAUCCUCGUUUUCAACUCAACCCCUUCUUCAAUCCCCAGAAACCCACUUCUCUCCACGCCCAAAUCGUACCACUGAGGAGGAAGAACUUCUCCAAAAUCGGCGACGGCGACGCUUUCGAUGCUGUAGCUUACGAGUCAGAGCGUCUGAGUCUCGACGCGGCCGCGAUGGAAAACAUGGCCGAGACGGCGAGAAAGGAGAUCGAAUCUGAUCAAGAAACCGACCCGAAAGCGUGGAAAUGGAUAAUCCGAAAGAAGAUGUGGGAUCUGAUGGAAGCUCGGAACUACGCUAUGAACCCUAGACCAGUUCAUCAUCGUAUCCCUAACUUCGUCGGCGCUCCGGCUGCAGCCGCGAAAUUAGCUGAGCUUGACGCCUUUCGUACGGCUAAUGUCGUCAAGGUUAAUCCUGAUUCGCCGCAGAAGCAAAUCAGGUUUCUUACACUCUCUGGUGAGAAGAAGCUGUUGACUCCUCAGCCUAGGCUAAGAACAGGGUUCUUCUCUGUACUAGAAUCUGUUUUUUUGAAGCCUGACACGAUCAGAGAAGCUUGCACCUCUGUAGGAGUGGCCAAGUACGGAAGAGCGAUUGGUCUCGAUGAGAAAAUCAAAGUGGAUCUCAUUGUCAUCGGCUCUGUUGCUGUUAACCCUCAAACGGGUGCUCGGUUAGGGAAGGGAGAGGGUUUUGCGGAACUUGAAUAUGGAAUGUUGCGUUACAUGGGAGCUAUUGAUGAUUCCACACCCGUUGUUACAACCGUACAUGACUGUCAGCUCGUGGAUGAUAUACCACUAGAGAAACUGGCGAUUCACGACGUUCCUGUGGAUAUCAUAUGCACUCCUACUCGAGUCAUUUUCACAAAUACUCCUAUCCCCAAACCACAAGGAAUCUAUUGGGACAAACUGUCGCCGGAGAAGCUGCAACAGAUUAGGAUUCUGAGAGAGCUAAAGAGGCGGUUGGAAAAGGAGACUGGCUGUAAACUUCCGACCGGACCAUCAGAGAAGUUACCUCCCACGGCUGACCGCAAAAGCCGAUAACUAACGACUGGUUGCUUUUGGUAACUGUUGUAUACUUUAUCCAGUGAUUUGAGUGGUAAAAAUGUAAUAUAAACUACAAGAAGGAAUAUAGCAUAUUGACUUGAAAGACGUUGAGCUGAGCGGUGAGACUAAAAGUAUAAAUUGUGUGUGCUUUA